GAGAGAUUUGUGAAAGAUGUCAGGGCAACGCUGUGCCAGAGUCGAAAAAUGAGCAGGAAUCGUAGGCGGAGCCAUUCCGACAUUGCAACGUCCUCGGAGGAAGAACAGACCGCUGCUCCUGACGAACCAAAUGCAAAUCGCGAGGCGAUUCCUACUCUGUCAAGUCGGGAGAAUGACAAUGGGACGGCUGCUGACCGCCAGCAGCCUUCUUGGGAGCUUGAUGUGGCUAAGGCGGGCUGCAGCUCCUCAUCGUCGACCCACAGCACGCAGGGGGAGCCAACUAGAGUUUUGUUUUACAAUAUUCGCAGUCCCUCUGCUAGACGACACUUUCCCCACAUACUUGUGGAGGCAUCGAAGGAAACUAAAGACAGGGAAAGCGAUGUCAACGCUCCGCAGGAGAAAGCUGAUCCCCCAUAUAGAACCGAUAUAACGGAGCCCAUAUCUGAGUUGCCUUAUUUGGAGCCCAAAUUUACCCAGCCUAGUCGAGAUGCAGAUGAAAAAGAGCCUUCAUUCUCAUCAGAGCCCAGCUGGACAGGCUCUCUUUGGUCGAGGAUGUCACGCCUGAUAAGCUCCGCUAAGUCAAGAUCUGAGUCGAGCUUAGAGAUGGCUCCUUCACAAGGCGGGGUGAGCCUCAGCGAAAUGGAUGAAUACGAUAGGGAGGAGCCACUUAUUACCAAGACGCAGAAGUAUUACAAGAAGAGACCCACUUUAAUCCCGAUUUUCGAUGACUCUGAGGAGUCGUCUCUUGUUUCUUUUGAGAGGCAAAAUAAUGAUUUACCUUUCAAAAGAAAUACUUUACUCUCGGCGGACAUCGAUUCACCGGAAGUCUUAAGCGAUUACACAGCAGAGCCGCGGAUAGCAAACCUUGCGGAUACACCUUUGAGCUCCGAAGAGACACCUAGCGCGGUAGUCAGCGACCGGAAUCUGCCCGAGGGUACGGUUUUUAUUUACAUGGUGAUACCGCCGGACGGUGGCUAUGGCUGGUUAAUCAUGGUGAUUGGCUUCUUGUGCCAGCUGAUUGUCGACGGCAUCCUCUUGUCCAUUGGAGGCAUCCUGCCGGAAAUUGAACAGGAGUUCAAUGCCAUCAAGUCCCAAAUGGUGUUGGUGGGUAGCGUCCAGAUUGGCUGCUACUACCUGAGCGGAUCCUUUGCCAGCAUUCUGAUCAAUCGAUUCGCCUUCCGGCCAGUGGCCAUCAGCGGAGCCUUGUUAUCCAUGCUGGCCGUCGUCGCCGGCAGCUUCAGCCCAAACCUCUACGUACUGAUCCUGGUCUACAGUGCGAUUGGUGGCUGCUCCCUGAGCCUGAUAUGGUGCAGCUCGCAGCUGAUCGUGGCCUGCUACUUUGAGCGCUAUCGUCCGGUGGCCAAUGGCUUCGCUUGCAGUGGCGUCGGAGCCGGGGCCUGCGUAUUCUCGCUGCUCAACAACUGGCUGGUGCCGAUCAUUGGCUGGCGGAACAUGCUGCGAGUGCAGGCGGGCGCACUCUUGUUGGUCGUGCUGAUGACCAUCGCAUACGUGGAGGUUCGCCCCGUCAAGGUGGGCAUGUUGCCGGAGAAUAUUCUGGACUCGAGUUCGGAUGAAUACUACGGAAACUUCUACGUGCAUUACUACUUACGCGGGUCCCAGAAGACCCCAAGUUCCAAAAGCUUGCUUAGCCUUUAUGAUCCAGACCAGGACCAGAGCAAGUGCUGCCCUUGCUGCAGAAAGUGCCUAAAAAGGCGGCGGGAGCGCAAGGAGCAGGUGCGUCGCGAAAAGAAGCGCAAUAUGAUUAUCCGGACGUCAUACAUUGAGCGCGAGGAUCUCUUCUACACGGGACCCGCCGAAUAUGAAAAGCCGCACUCAAGGGAAACCCUCGAGGGCAAGGAGAUCCAGCUAUUGGGAUCGGAAAAGAGUACCCAACAGGCCAACUAUGGCAUUCAGCAUAUCAACAAGGGCGAGGAUAGAAGAGCUACGGCUGAAUCUAUCGAAAGAGGAGUCCCAAAGAAACGCUGUGUGGAGAGCAAGUUCAUGAGAAUGCUCUCCCGUCUCUUUGACUAUCACCUCUUCAAACAGUUCGAGUUCCGGAUCCUGGUGGUCUCCGCAUUCCUCUAUCCGAUGGGCUUCAACAUACCCUUUGUCUACUCCAAGGCCCGCACCAAGAUUCACAAGGACUAUGCCAACUUGAUAACCCCGGCCAUUGGAUUUACCAACUUUACCUGCCGUAUCAUCUGCGGUUUCGUGGCCUAUAAGCGACGGACCUGGACAACGAAUAUAUGCGGCGGGGGCUUGGUCUUUGGUGGCUUCUUUGUCUUCUUGAGCGCCUUCUUUGGCCAGGAUCUGGUGUGGUUCCAGAUGCUCUACGGGAUCUGUUACGGCGUGGCACCAGCUGUUUACGCCACUCUGCGGGCCAUAAUUUACGUGAAAUAUCUGGGCCUGGCCAAGCUCACCAAUGCAUUUGGGAUCACAGCUCUGGCCAUGGGCAUUGGCGUCUUUAGCGGCACAACAAUUGCCGGGUGGCUGGUGGGCGAUAGUCUCAAUUACACGGCGGCCUUCGUAUUUGCCGGAUUGUGCCUCAUGAGCUCCGGAAUGCUGAAGCUUAUGUUGCCGUCGUUGGUUAAGUGUCACUAUCGGCAACUGAACAGGAAGCGGAAAAGCAGCCGCAAAACUGUACGGCCAAGAAAAUUGGAGCUGGUUCAGUGA